CGCAGCAGGCGGCAAGCGGGAGCUUUGGGCCUCGAUUAAAGGCGACUGAGACACACACACACACUCAAAAAGAGAGAGAGAGAGAGAGGAAGAAAGAGAGACACUGCAACAAAAAGCUGAUACUGAUUGCAUACGUUAUGGCGUUAUAUUUUUUUGUUGUUGUUGUAACCAAGUGCAAAGUGUAAAACUAAAAAAACAGAGAAAGAUACAAAAAAAAAGAAAGAAAGAGAGAAACAAAGUGAAACUAUACAAAAAAAGAAACAUAAACUAAAGCAAUGCCAGUGGAUUUGUGGUGCCAAUUUUAGCUGGGGAAAAAGCCUCGGGUUUUUCCCUCCUUCCUUCCUUAACUGCUUCUUGCUUCUCUUCUUCGUUUUCGUGUUCGCCUUCCUCUCCGCGCAGGCCCAGAGAGCGAGCGAAAGUGCGCAGAAGUCCAAGGAAAGCACAAAGAGAGUGCACAAAGAGAGCGCACAAAGACAGAGAGAGAGAGAGAGGCGGGAGGGGGGUGGACCUGCGUAGGAGCUGCCACUAGCAGCAGAAACAAGUGACACGGGGAAACCGAGAACUCCAGCUGACAGGUUUUCCCAGCUUCGAGUGCACUGGAUUUUCCACAGAUUCUACCUCAGUUUAGGAUUUACUUACAUUUUUUUCUUCCUGGCUUAAUGCCCGCGAAAAGCCCAGCGAGUGGCUGCGAGUAGCGCCCUCUUUUCCGUUCACCCACCCACUCCCACACCCGCUCCCCUCUCUCCUUUUCACUCUCUCAGCUACUACGUUCUACAAUCAAAUACUACGACGACACACACACACACAGACUUACAGACACAGACACAGACCGUGGUCCGCAGUCCGCAGUCCAUUUUCCGAGUUGACAUUUUCGGUUGCAUAGUCUUUGGGGCAGCAGCGCUAAAGGGAAAACCCGUCGCGAAAGGAAGGGGCACCGCAAAUCGAAAGGCGAAGACAACGCAUAACGAACACCCCCCAGAAAAUCAGUAGCCUUCAGAAUCAGAAUCCGCAUUCCGAAACCAAAUCCGAAUCCGACUCCGACUCCGAAUCUGAAAACAAAAAAUUCGUUCCCCCCACAAAAUUCGUUCGCUUUGCUAAUGAAAUUUUUUUUGUGUUUUUCGAUUUCUUGUUGCGGUCGCCGCAGUCGCAGCAGCAAAAGUGUUUAAACGAACAAGCCAACCAAAAAUCAAAUACAGUUUAAAAAGCAGAAACAACAUCGGAGUCCGUCGGAGUCAGAGAUAUUCCGAGACCCCACUUGGAGACGACGGGAGAAACGAGAAGCGAGAAAAAAAAAAGAAAGCAGCAGAAAGCCAAGGAGUGCGAACAAUGUGCGCCGCGUUGCGUCGUAAUUUGUUGCUGCGGAGCCUCUGGGUCGUCCUGGCCAUUGGCACCGCUCAGGUUCAGGCCGCCUCACCGCGAUGGGAGCCACAAAUAGCCGUGCUCUGCGAGGCCGGACAAAUCUAUCAGCCGCAAUAUCUGUCCGAGGAGGGACGCUGGGUGACGGACCUCAGCAAGAAGACAACCGGGGCCACAUGUUUGCGUGAUAAAAUGGAUUUGCUUGAUUACUGCAAGAAGGCCUAUCCCAGCCGAGAUAUAACCAAUAUUGUGGAAUCAUCGCACUACCAGAAGAUUGGUGGCUGGUGCCGUCAGGGUGCCUUGAAUGCGGCCAAAUGCAAGGGCUCACAUCGCUGGAUCAAGCCUUUCCGCUGUCUGGAAGGACCAUUCCAAUCGGAUGCCCUGCUGGUUCCAGAGGGCUGUCUCUUCGAUCACAUCCACAAUGCCUCCCGCUGCUGGCCAUUUGUGAGGUGGAACCAGACCGGAGCAGCCGCUUGCCAGGAGCGAGGCAUGCAGAUGCGUAGCUUUGCCAUGCUUUUGCCCUGUGGAAUCUCUGUAUUCUCGGGCGUGGAGUUUGUCUGCUGCCCCAAGCAUUUUAAGACCGAUGAAAUCCAUGUGAAAAAGACCGACUUGCCUGUAAUGCCACCGGCACAGAUUAGCAGUGCCAACAACGAUGAACUGGUGGCCAAUGACGAGGAUGACAGCAAUGACUCGAAUUACUCAAAGGAUGCCAACGAUGAGGAGCUGGACGAUGAGGAUGAUCUAAUGGGCGACGAUGAGGAGGACGAAAUGGUGGCCGACGAGGCGGCUGCGGCUGGUGGUAGUCCCAGUGCCGGAUCUGGAUCUUCGGGAGAUGCCAACAGUGGCUCCUUGGAUGACAUAAAUACGGAAUACGAUAGCGGCGAGGAGGGUGACAACUACGAGGAGGAUGGUGGAGCCGGUUCUGAGGCUGAAACCGAGGGAGAUUCAUGGGAUCAGAGUGGUGGAGCCCAGAAGGCCCAGAAAGGUCUAGGUGGUGCCUCGUCUGCUUCCCUGGCCUCGUCAUCCUUAUCCUCAUCCUCGUCCCCAUCAUCCCCGUCUUCGGUUUCUGACAAAACACCCACCCAGAAGUCCGACCUGGUGACCAGCACCCCACAGCUCUCGGUGGCCGCUGCUGCAGCUGCCAAUGCCAAUGGAGGAUCUUCUGGCUCAGGAUCGGGUUCGGGACAGGGAGCACCGCCUCCAUCGACGGCACAACCCACUUCGGACCCAUAUUUCACCCACUUUGAUCCACACUACGAGCACCAGAGCUACAAAGUAAGUCAGAAAGAAGCCCAACAGCGCCUUGAGGAAUCGCAUCGCGAGAAGGUCACGCGGGUGAUGAAGGACUGGUCGGAUCUGGAGGAGAAGUACCAGGAUAUGCGUCUGGCCGAUCCCAAGGCGGCCCAAUCGUUCAAGCAGCGGAUGACGGCCCGCUUCCAGACUUCUGUUCAGGCACUCGAGGAAGAAGGCAACGCCGAGAAGCACCAGCUGGCCGCCAUGCACCAGCAGCGUGUCCUUGCCCACAUCAAUCAGCGGAAGCGGGAGGCCAUGACGUGCUACACCCAGGCCCUAACCGAGCAGCCACCGAACGCCCACCACGUGGAGAAGUGCUUGCAGAAGCUGCUGCGCGCCUUGCACAAGGAUCGUGCCCAUGCCCUGGCCCAUUAUCGCCAUCUGCUGAACUCCGGAGGACCUGGUGGCCUAGAGGCAGCUGCCUCGGAGCGACCACGCACCCUGGAGCGUCUGAUUGACAUUGAUCGUGCUGUUAACCAAUCCAUGACCAUGUUAAAGCGCUACCCCGAGCUAUCGGCUAAGAUUGCCCAGCUAAUGAAUGAUUAUAUUUUGGCGUUGCGCAGCAAGGAUGAUAUUCCCGGAUCAUCGCUGGGCAUGAGCGAGGAGGCUGAGGCCGGCAUUCUGGAUAAGUAUCGCAUUGAAAUCGAGCGCAAGGUGGCCGAGAAGGAGCGUCUUCGUCUUGCCGAGAAGCAGCGCAAGGAGCAGCGUGCCGCUGAGCGGGAGAAACUGCGCGAGGAGAAGCUGCGAAUGGAGGCCAAGAAGGUGGACGAUAUGCUCAAGUCGCAGGCGGCCGAGCAGCAAUCAUCACAGCAGUCACAACAGCCCUCGUCCACUCAGUCGCAGGCGCAGCAGCAGCAGCAGGAGAAGAGCCUGAGCAGCAAGGAGCUGGGCCUGGGCUCCGAUGGUGGCCUGGUGACCGCGGCCAAUCUUAACUUGGACACCACCAAGAGCGAGAAGGAGCUCUCGGACACUGAGUAUGCCGAGGCCACAGUAAGCAGCACCAAGGUGCAGACCGUGCUGCCCACGGUCGACGAUGAUGCUGUGCAGCGGGCGGUAGAGGAUGUGGCCGCUGCCGUUGCCCACCAGGAGGCCGAGCCGCAGGUGCAACACUUCAUGACCCAUGACCUGGGCCACCGCGAAUCGAGCUUCUCGCUGCGCCGUGAAUUCGCGCAGCAUGCGCACGCGGCCAAGGAGGGUCGCAAUGUCUACUUUACGCUCUCCUUUGCCGGCAUCGCCCUCAUGGCGGCCGUCUUUGUGGGCGUGGCCGUGGCCAAGUGGCGGACAUCACGCUCGCCGCAUGCCCAGGGCUUCAUUGAGGUCGAUCAGAACGUGACCACACACCAUCCCAUCGUGCAGGAGGAGAAGAUCGUGCCCAAUAUGCAGAUCAAUGGGUACGAGAAUCCGACCUACAAAUAUUUCGAGGUGAAAGAGUAAGCGGGACAGCUGCUAUAACGGCGCAGCUGUGCAAACAAGAGGCACACACAUCAAAGACAGCAGCGGCGUAAAAAAUAAAAAUAAAAACAAAAAACCAAACAACAAUUUCAAAAUGGAAUCUUAAGCAUAAUAUUAAAAAACAAAAAAACCAAAUAAGCAGCAGAGAGAAGAGGUGGAAGCAGAAGAGAAAUGAUUUUUUUUUUUUCGUCAAACAAACAAAAAGGAGCGCAGUUCCAAUAAGAAUGAAUAGAGAGAAGCAGGUGAAGAAGCAAAAGAAGAUGCACGGAGAACGAAGAGAAUGGAGAAUCCGAGAAAGGGGUAGAAAGAAGGCAGAUAAAUUCAAUGAAUGGUAAUAUAUCUAUAUAUUAAAUUAAAGCAAGCAAGCAGAAAGGCAAAGAAUAUAAAGCAAGCAAUUAAAUUUAAGUAUUUGAAUGUUUAACAAAAAAUGCAGUAAAAACAUCCUCUCUAGCUCUCUGUCUCUCUUAAUCUUACUUUCACUCUCUCGCCCUCACUUUUGCUCUCUCGCUCUGUCUCACUUGGCCAGUCUGUACCUUUCCCACACACACACACACUUGGCACUUUGUUGUUAUUGUUGGGAAUGAAGAAGCAAAAAGAAAGGCAAGAAGAAUUAGAAGGGAGAUGCAGGAGGAGGAGGAGGAGAAAGUGAAGGAGGUGGAGA